CGUCUGAUCCCAACCCUUCUGGCUUAUCUUCCGGCUCUUCGCCUUGUCCCUCUCUCCCUCCUCUCCUUCGUCUUCAUCCGAUCCUUUUUCGUCGUCUCCUUGGCGGAAAGAGAAUCCUCUGGAAACCUUAAGUUCAAAAAAUGGCGCCAGACCAGCCAUUUCUUAUUCUCGUUCUUGUUUCGCUCGCUCUCCCCCUCGACACCUCUCCUUGGAUUUGCUCUCAUUGUGUUGCGGUUGAAGCCAGGAUUUCUCGACGAGAUCCCAGAGAGAGACAGCAAUCUCGUCUUUCGAUCGUGGAAACUAUAGAUUUCUCCUGCUUCGCUGGCGGUGGAUAGUUGCGGCUUCUGUUUACCUUUUUGAUCGAGCGGAACAAGGAUAAUUUCAUCUAGGAGAAGGAAAGGUGGCAAAAUGAGUCCUGGAGAGAGAGGACCAGUGCCUCUGUCUGAGCUUCUUGCAAAGGAAGGAUAUGGACGGAAACAAAUGGUUAAAUCAGAAGCUCAUCACGGUCUGGAAAGGGCCAGCCAGCUGGCAUGUUUCAGCGAUGAACAGAUAUGCUGCAAUUCUGAACCUCAUCAUGGGAGUGACAUAGAAAGAAACAAGCUUUAUGAGCACAGUUCUGGCAAGAGAGAGAGAUUUAGCGAUCAAAGGAUGCACCUUUCGAAGGAGAAAGCGGGUUCGACAUAUAAGUCUCGUAAUUAUUUGCUGAAUGGCGAGACACCUAAACGUGUUUAUAGGAGUGCUUCACUGGAGAAUUGGAAAUAUAGAUCUGGAGAUUAUAGCAAAUAUCCGGCAAAUGAUAGUUUUGAAGAAGAGAAUUCAGAUACUUGUUGGAAAAGCGGAAGUUUAAGCAAUGAACCGUUGAUUCACCAUAAAGUUGAUGGGUAUAUCAAGCGCAAGUCUUGGAUAUGUUCUCAGGAUAAAGCAAUUGGUCCAAGAAAAAGUAACAUGGAUAUCAAAGGCAAGACUUGGAUAUGUUCUCAGGAUAAACCAGAGAGUCCAAGAAAAAUCUAUGACAAAUUUAGAGUGAAGUCUCAGGCGAAGGUACCGAAGAGCAUAAGAAGACAAAGUUUACUUGCGGAAAAAAAAAUUGACAACGACCUUGAGUUUAUCGAUGGGGGAAUAGUCUGCACGAAAGCACGAGACAUGACGUCCGUAAUUCUGUGCUAACUAACAAUAGGUUUAAGGAUAUCAGUGAUAGAGGGAAACAUUUAAAAUCUGAAAAAUCAUUCCCUGGAUAUAGUCACGAACUUGAAAGUGUUGAGCGGAGGCCCUUGGUUGAUCAAGAUGCUCUUCAGGCAGUGGUUUUGGUUAUUAGUGGUUAUAUCAGUCAGUUCAUGAGAGACGAGUCUUUCAGGAAAACACUUGGUCUUCACUGUCAUUCCUGUAUCGGUUUCGACCACCAAAGUAAAUACGGUGAUGACGACUUUGUGGUCAACAUGAAAAGGGCAAUAGUUUGUGUCGAAAAUGUUGCAGACGGUUCCACAAACGCUGAUGAGUUAAAAAGAACCAAAUUUCAGCUCUGUGCCAUUGCAGAUCUAAACUCUGAUGAUUUUAAGUAUGGGUUCACUUGUGGUAUUCCCAAUUCGUGUUUGGCAGCAUGUGCUCAUCUCUAUCUUGGCAUUCUUGCGAAGAUUCAAAGGAAGGACAAAGCUGCUGUGAAGCACAUUCUUCAAGUUUUCAGUAGUGCACCUUUUCAAGCUCGGUCACUUCUAUUAUCUGAGUUGUGGGAAUAUCUUUUCCUUCCUCACCUUUUAUACCUAAGAGUAUGGUACAGUCAAGAAGUGGAUUUUGUAGACAAUGACUCAAAUGGAUCAGGCAAAAUAAAAUUUAUCGACAAGGUUUACAACAAACUGCUGGACAACGGCACUUAUCAGCUCGCAGUUUAUUACAGAGAGUGGCUGAGUGACAGAGCUGAAGCUCCUGCAAUUCUUUCUGUUGGUAUCCCUUUCGGGUUGGCCUAUGGCAAUUUGAAUCAAGAGUCACACGAUACUUCCACAGCUGAGGAACAGCUAAGAAUUAAUGGUGCUUGCUCUUUACAGCCAACAAUUACAAAAGGCCUGUUUGAUGCUGUGUUUGGAUAUUCUUCUAAAACUAACUUUUCUGAUGAAGUAAUCCAUGGAAACGGGAAGUGUAGCUUUGAUUCUUGCACUAGAAGCUUUAGCUGCAUCAUUGACAGGAAUGAUCAAGCUGAUAACCAAUCACAGGUGGUGCUAGAUGGUGGGGGACAAGUCACAUUGAAAGAAUCAUUGAAUGUACCAGCCAAGCAAUUACCAGCAGCUGAUGAAUCCUGGGAACUGCCAAAGGCAGUUUCUGCAGCUUCAAAAGAACUGAUGGAAAAUCAGAAUGUUCAAGAUGGGGAUGCUGUUUCGGAGAAGGCCUUGCUACUUCCAGUGUCGCAUGGUCUGAGUAGUGAUCUUGCUCUGAAAAAGCUAGCUGAAACUGCAUUUAAGUUGGACAUGUCAGAAACUUUUAACUGUUCACUAUCCGAAAUGGAUGUGAUGAUGAAUAAUUUAGUUGCUGAGGGUGAUGGAACAAGUAGAGCGAUCAGAAAGGGAUCCACAUCCAGAACUAUGGAAUCACUAUAUAAAAGUGUGGAAUUGAACAGAGCUGGCUUUCUGUCAAGUAUGCCUAAAGAUUUUGUAUGUCCUCUUACAGCUCAGCUCUUUGAUGAACCUGUUACUCUAGAAACUGGGCAUACCUUUGAGCGCCAUGCAAUUGCUGAAUGGUUUGAACAGGGAAACAAAAGGUGCCCUGUUACUGGACGAAUACUUCAUUCUUUAGCUGUUCCAAGUACCAAUUUUAUUUUGAAGCACAUGAUUGAAUUGUGGAAGGCUAAAAAUUGGAAGCACCCAUUGGCAUGUUGUAACGAACCAUCAAAGGAUAUGAUUAAACAUGUUGGUUGUUCAGAUGAAUCAGCAUUAACUUUGUUAGACCAGCUUGUCAGUGGUCCCAAUGCACAAGAAAAUGAAGAUAAUAUAAAGCAUCUUAUUUCUCUUGGAGGCUUAGAAUAUCUGAUUCAGAGAUUUGAAGUUGGGAAUUUAGAGGAAAAAGUUAUGGUGGUCUCAUUAUUUAUUAGUUGUAUUAAGGCUGAUGGAAGUUGCAGAAAUCACAUAGCUGCCAAGGUCAACAAAGCUUGUCUUCUUGAGCUUCUCCAUGCAAAUAGAUCGCACUUCAGAAAAGAGAUGGUCUUCUUGCUCAUAGAACUAAUUUGCCUUAACAGGAGGGUGGCUGUUACCAAUUUCUUGGAUGGAUUACAGCGGGAGGGGGCAAUAAAUUUGAUGCACUUACUUCUUGUAUAUCUCCAAAACUCUCCACUGGAACAAAGGCCUUUGGUUGCUACUCUCCUCUUGCAUCUUCUUGUUCUGAAACAACAUAAAAGUUGCAGUAUCUACAUGGAAGAGGCACUCGAUGCCAUGAUGGAAGCUUGUGAUCGCAGUCUAACUGAUGUAAAGGUCCGAGUACAAACAUGCAGGUCUUUCCUGGUCCUGGAGGGACUAUUUUCUUGUGGUGGGGAGGCAUUAACAGAAGCCUGGCUGCUGAGGAUAGCAGGGUUCAAGUAUUAUUUGACGGAUCCCUUGCAAGCUGACAAGAAUAAGAUGCUGCGGGAGGUUGACUUACUGCAGGAACAGGAAGAAAAAGCAAGACAAGGAUGGCUCCUGGGCUUGGGAUCCAUGUUUGUCCACAAUGGGAAGAAGCUGCUUUGGGAAUGUUUCUCCAAAUGUUUAGCAAGUGGAGUUCCAGAAUUGGUGAAAGCGUCUCUCAUCUUUCUUACGUGGCUUAGUUGUGCAUUCCCAUUGCUUUCAGGUGCACAAAUGAAGCUAUCGAUUUUAUCUAUUUUGGCACCUUCCCUGAAAGAGUGCCUACUGAACAAUGAUCAAAUGGCUUGUCGGGCACUUGCUUCCUUGUCACUGCUGAACUUCAUGGACGACUCACAAUGCCGGCAGUUCUUAAUGUCAUCUGCAGGAGAGAUCUCAGAAUCUUUGAAUAGCAUUUCAGAGGUGACAGAGACUGGAAGGAAGCUUCACGUCGUUCUCUCCAGUGAAAUUAUGUAAGAACUACAGAAUGCAUACCGCUGCGUGUGCAGUCUCAUUCUUGUAUAUCCUUCUGCUUCUUUGAUUUGUUCAUAUCUAUGGUAAUUUCUCGUAAUCAUUCCUGCCA